UAUUUGUGGUUGAUCCUUGAUGCGCUGGCAACGUCUGAUUGGAUCGGGAAAGGGAUGUGUUUUGUGAGGGGAAGAGAAGCCGAAGCAAUCAAAGGAUCUCGAGUUUCUGAGCUGUAUGAUGCAAAACUUCUUACUUUCUCCUGUAAAUCACAAUUCUUCACCUCCCCGUAACUCCCCAUCUCACAAUUAAUGGGGAUCUGUCACGGAAAACCCAUCGAACAACAAUCAAAACAGAGCACCUCUGUUUCCUCCGAUCAAACUCCGGCGGCGAAAUCUUCAGGCUUUCCUUUCUACAGUCCAAGCCCUUUGCCUAGCCUAUUCAAACCCUCGCCGGCGAGCGCGAGCUCAACGCCUCUCCGCAUCUUCAAGAGACCUUUCCCUCCUCCUUCCCCUGCUAAGCACAUACGCGCUUUCCUCGCGCGUUGCAACGGCUCCACCAACAAGCCCAACGAGGUCACGAUCCCAGGGAACAGUGGUCGAUGGUUACCUUCACCAGGUCCACUCUCCCAUCAGUUUGAAGCAGAGAGCUUCAGUUCUAGUAGAGAUUUAGGGAGUGCUAAUCAGGUUUCGCGCCGGAGAUUGAGUUUUAGCGCGAGUUUCAGUUAUGGUGAUCAUUCCUUUCGCCGUGGUGGUGGUGGUUUUGAACAUGCUUAUUCUUUUGUGGGAAUGCAUUGCAUCUUCGACCAAUGCAAAUCUUCUGUUACUGUUCUGAAGUUUGGCCAUAUGAGUUCUGAUCUACUUGCAUAUGGAGCAUCAGAUGGGACCUUAACUGUUUGUAGUCUCUCGCAAGAGCCUUCUGUCCUCAAGCAGUUGACAGGCCACUCCAAAGAUGUCACAGGUUCGAUUCACUCGUAUUGUUUUCUUUUGUCUUUUCUUUUUCCUGUAUCUUGGGUAAACACCUGCCUGCUUCUUUGAAUUCAUGGCUUGUUUUGAAUUGGAAAUUGUAAAGAAAUUAUAUGUAAUAGAUAUAUCAGCUAUGGACUCCAUAUUGAGUAACACCA